GCGUCGUUCGCGCGUCGUGACGGCCAGGACCCCAGAGCUUAACAAACAAUUUUUGGGACAACUUGAGGAUGGCGGAUGCUCAAGGCUGUUAUGAAGUCCAUGCCGCGUAAUCGCUAAGAGGCUUGAAGAAACGACAAGCCGCUAGAUCGACUGGACACGAACUGGAAGCAGAGCCUUGGACCUUGACAAACUCAGCUUCAAACACCACCCGGGGAAUGGUUGUCGACCAUGUCAGGAGCUGGACGCCCCGAGGGCAAUGCGCGCAGUCCUGAUCGCGCCAGCGGAAGCAUUCGAAGACGGCAUUCGGCAUCUCACGAUGAUGAGGAGCUAUCGCCAGCAACGCGCAGCGCAGCCGUGAGCGCGACAACUCCAUCCGCGAUCGCGACUCCUCGGCGUUCCAAUACAACCCCAGAUGGUGUGCCUACGUCUCGAAAUUCGGCCAUCGACGACUCCGAACGACCUUCGAUAUCGCGUCUAUCCUCCGAUCCUUCGCCUCGCGUCCGCUUCUCAACUGACAUCGAACGCCAUGGUCCUGGCCACAGAUCAAGUUUGGCGAGAGAAGGGGCAUCGAUAGAUGAGACUACACGUAUAGAAGGGAGCGCUGGGUCGAAGAAAAGGCCUGGAACCCCGGACUUGACGAUUGAGACACAGGAGAUAUCUCCGGGUGGCGAGCGUGAAAGCUCAGGGCAAGAACAUGGCCGACUAGAUUCACGUGUAUCACCACUCGCGCCGCGCAAUGCUAGCAAUGGCUCGCCUCUCUCGCCUACGACGCGCAACCGUGGAUACUCGCUACGCAGUGCGCUAUUCAGGAAGAACGUACAUGAUACUACUCCACCAUCGGGUUCCAAUAUUGAGUUGGAUGAAGGAGUUGGAAGCUCACAGGAUAGGAUUGGGCAGAUACACGAAUCGAAUGACUACGAACCUUUGGCCAAAGGAGGAGACGCCAAGAUAACAGUUACGCCUGAGCAUUCGGAGUAUGCCUCCAAGUCCAAGUUGGGCAAAGGACCCAUCGCCCUUCCACACUACGAUACCUGGCUCCACAAGAAAGGGUCUGGAAAGAAGCGAGGCAUGAAAAAGAAGAUUCGAGACUCCGCAGAGCAGGCGCGUAAAUUCAUCUUCCGGAUCAAAGACAUACCGUCGAGUAAAGACGGACGACACAUCCAAUUAGAUCUCUCUCGUAAAGACCCUCUCCUUGACGAACGUACAAAUCAGCCGUAUACCAGCAACUGGAUACGGUCCACACGAUAUUCCGCGUGGAACUUUGUCCCCCGCCAGCUUGUGGCGCAGUUUUCCAAGCUUGCGAAUUUCUAUUUCCUUGUUAUUUCAAUCCUGCAGAUGAUACCCGGUCUUAGUACGACAGGUCAGUUCACGACCAUUGUUCCGCUGUUGUUUUUUGUUACGCUUUCUAUUGCGAAGGAGGGAUAUGACGACCUCAGGCGGUACCGACUGGAUAAGGCGGAGAAUAAUCGAGAGGCGCGGGUGCUGCGCGCGAGCUCGUUACAAGAGUCCAAGCGAGAAUCUACGGAGAACGGAAGUGCAACUUCGCCUUCUUCUGGAGCGCUCAACUGGGAGUCGAUCAAGUGGCAGGAUAUCAAUGUCGGAGACAUCAUCAAGCUGGAUCGAAACGACGCUGCUCCAGCAGAUUUGGCGCUCUUACACACCAGCGGAGAGAACAGCGUUGCUUACGUUGAGACAAUGGCGCUGGAUGGCGAGACAAAUCUCAAGAGCAAACAAACGACGGCUUCCAUCUCGAAAACCAUCCUCGACCAAGAGGAUGUAAUGAGGACCAGUGCUGAAUUUGUCAUAGAAGACCCCAAUCAGGACUUGUACACCUUCGAGGGGCGCGUUACAGUGGAUGGCAAACAAGCGCCUUUGACGCUUAAUGAGAUCAUCUUCCGCGGCAGCAUUCUUCGUAAUACACCGGACGCAGUCGGACUGGUCAUCUAUUCUGGCGAGGAGUGCCGUAUCCGGAUGAACUCAAACAAGAACCCGCGUAUCAAGGCGCCUGCGCUGCAGGGCUUGGUCAACCGCAUCGUCAUCCUCAUCGUCGUAUUCGUCUUGGCCCUUUCCAUCUUCAAUGCCGUUGCUUACAGAAUAUGGCAACGCCACGAAGAUGACAUGUGGUACCUUUCCAAUGCCACGGUCGCGUUCUUCCCCAGUUUGACGUCGUUUAUCAUCAUGUUCAACACUAUGAUCCCACUGUCGCUAUACGUCAGUUUGGAGAUCGUCAAGCUUGCGCAGAUGUUCUUCCUGCACACCGAUGUCGACAUGUACGAUGAGAUCUCGGAUACACCCUGCGAGCCACGAACGUCAACCAUCAAUGAAGAGCUUGGCCAGAUUAGCUACAUCUUCUCCGAUAAGACCGGAACGCUCACGGAUAACUCGAUGAAGUUCAGAAAGCUCAGCGUUGCAGGUGUGGCUUGGCUUCAUGACGCAGACUUGCGGGAUGCAAAGCAGAAGAAGAAGCUGAUGCACAAAACGAGGAAGAAGGGGAAGCAGCCAGCCAAGAGUAGGAAAAGCGUUCGGUCUGUAACAGACAUUCCGCCCGGGGAACCGUUGACUCCCGCGCUUGAAGUUGGCGAUCAGAUCGAUGGUGUGGGAGACACGGUGGGUGCGCAGUGGCAGUCAAGUGCGAGGCCUAGCAAAGCGUCACGGGAAUAUCGAACACAAGACAUGCUUCGGUAUAUCCAACGGAAGCCCCACACGCCCUUCUCAAAGAAGGCUCGAAUGUUCCUUCUCUCGCUGGCACUGUGCCACACUUGUCUACCUGAAGUCCAGGAAGAUGGCGAGACGCACUUCAUGGCUUCUUCACCGGAUGAACUCGCGCUAGUGCAAGCCGCACAAGACAUGGGCUUUCUACUGAUCAAUCGCGAUGUGCACAGAAUCACCCUCAAGAUCCUGCCGUCUGGAGCAGAAGGCGAGCCGAUCCUCGAGACGUAUGAAAUUCUCGACGUCAUUGAGUUUUCGAGCAAGCGAAAGCGCAUGUCUAUCAUUCUUGGCUACCCAGAUGGCCGGAUCUGCAUCUUUUGCAAGGGUGCUGACUCGAUCGUCUUGCAGCGCCUACGACUAGCCACACUUGCCAACAAGAAAAUGGUCGAGAUUGAACGUCGCGCCAAUAAGCGGAAGAGCAUGGACGUUCAACACGCCAUUGCACGUAUGAGUGAGCAAAUCGAGCGUAAGAGUAGCAUUGCAGGUCGCAAGAGUAGUGUCGGCGGACGUAAGAGUAUGUCGCUCGGUCAGGCUGCACGAGCCAGCCUACACAUGGGUAGACCAUCAUUCGCUCGGAGCGGGUCGCACUCGGCGAGAGAUGAUAUGGACCAGUGGCUACGAGAGCGCGAGCACGACCACGGCGAGAUCCAGUCCAUCGACGAAGAUUCGCCAAUGCAGACACCUCGGCAAUCUGGCCUGGACCGAUUCUCCAUGGCCUUUUCUGAAGCCAGAAGUUCAAUGCAGCUAGAGGAGAUGGAAGCCAUGGUAGAUGAGAAUGUCGCGGGCGAUGAGUCUGCAGUCAUUGAGCGCUGUCUCCAGCACAUCAACGACUUUGCCACCGAGGGUCUCCGCACGCUUCUUUACGGCUACAGAUUCUUGAACGAGGACGAGUACCAAACGUGGAAGAAGGGGUACUUGGAAGCCACGACCAGCCUUGUUGAUCGUACGCGUUUGAUCGAAGAGGCCGGCGACAUGAUUGAACAGAACUUGGAUCUGUGCGCCGCUACUGCCAUCGAAGACAAACUGCAGCAGGGCGUACCCGAAGCCAUUGACAAGCUCCGCAGAGCGAAAAUCAAAAUGUGGAUGCUCACCGGCGACAAGCGCGAGACGGCUAUCAACAUUGGAUACUCGUGUCGCCUUAUCAAAGACUACUCUACCGUUACUGUCCUAGAUCACGAGACGGGGCAAGUGGAGCAAAGCAUCGGGGCAGCUGUUCUAGCUAUCAGCAGCGGAGUAGUCGCACACUCCGUCGUCGUCGUAGACGGCCAGACACUCUCCAAGAUCACAGACGUCGAAGCACUCGAUACGCUCUUCCACGAGCUCGCUAUCCUUGCUGACUCGGUCAUCUGCUGCCGUGCCUCGCCGUCGCAGAAAGCCAGUCUUGUCAAGAGUAUCCGCAAGCGUGUCAAGAAGAGUAUAACGCUUGCGAUUGGCGAUGGAGCUAACGACAUCGCCAUGAUACAGGAAGCACACGUUGGUAUCGGCAUCACCGGUAAAGAGGGUCUGCAAGCAGCGCGGACGAGCGAUUAUUCAAUUGCGCAGUUUAGGUUUCUGACGAAGUUGCUGCUUGUGCAUGGGAGGUGGAAUUACAUCAGGACGUGCAAGUACACCGUUGGCACAUUUUGGAAAGAAAUGCUGUUCUACCUCACACAAGCCCUCUUCCAACGCUCGGUCGGCUACACAGGCACCUCGCUCUACGAAUCCUGGUCGCUCUCCAUGUUCAACACGCUCUUCACCUCGCUCCCCGUCAUCUUCAUGGGCGUCUUUGAGAAAGACCUGUCUGCGUCCACUCUGCUUGCCGUGCCUGAGCUGUAUACGAAAGGCCAGCGUAACGGCGGUUUCAACGUCAGAGUGUACCUCGGGUGGAUGUUCAUGGCCAGCUCGGAAGCCAUGGUGGUGUACUUUUGCAUGCUGGGUCUGUACGGCCAGGCGAUUUUCACAGCAGACAACUCGAUCUAUCCGAUGGGCACGAUUACGUACACGGCGGUUGUCGUGUUGAUAAGUUUGAAGAUGCAAUUCAUAGAAACCCACUCCAAAACCCUGACCAACGCCCUCGCUAUCUUCCUCUCAGUAGGCGGCUGGUUCCUCUGGACCAUCCUCCUGUCCGUCUCGUACAAACGCGCUAACAAAAUCUACUACGUGCGCUCCACGUUCGUGCGCCUCUUUGGCACGUCGCUCCUCUGGUGGCUCUCUCUCAUCAUCAUCCUGCUCAGCGUGCUCGUCUUUGAACUCGCCAUCUCGUCCCUGCGCGCCGCGUACUUUUCCACCGAUGAAGACGUUUUUCAGGCGCUCGAGCAGGAUCCGCUGGUUAAGCGUCGCUUUGAAGAGGCUGCUGCGGGCGAGUUGCAGAGCGGGUGGGAUCGCGGGACGAAUCGGCAGAGGGAUGAUGUGUUGAGGGAGAGGGAGGGCGUGGAGAGGAGGAUUGAAAAAGAGGAGUUGAGGCGCCAAGAGGAGGUUAGUGAGAUUCUGAGGAAUCGCGUCGUGGGUCAGGAGCAUGAUGCUGCUGCUGCUGCUGCUGCUGCUGGGGGUGGGAGGGAGGUGAAUCAUAUUCUCAGCAAGGGGUUUGGUGCUGUGCGGGCGUAGCGAGUUGCGCAUGCAAUGGGGGCUACGGCUUGCUGAUAAUCUUUCUGUUUGGGAUAUACCACCGCUAUGUUUACGUUUCAUGGCUAGUUAUGAUGUAUAUGAUUCUUUGUUCUUCCUCUUCUCGAUUCAGGUUAUUCCAUCAUGGGGUGACCGUCCAUCAAUAUCAUCGUUUGCUCU